CAAAAUAUUUUUAGUGAAUGUUUAAAAUUGUUUAUAAAUGCUGAUAUAUAAUUAUAAAUAAAGAAAUUUGGUCAAAAUGCCCCAGUCAAUAGUUCAGAGCGGAGAUGAGGAUGUAUUUCGUACACUAAAACGCAAACGAAAAUCUGAAGGAUGUUUGGAACACACUGCAGAUGUUACUACUGACAGAAAUACUUGCUUUACCAAUUCGGCUUUCAGCUCUACGCCGAAAAAAGUUGUGCUACGCAGGCGUGCACAAACCCCAUUAACGGAUGUUGUUCUACAAGAUCCUUGCAUGGAAGUGAAAUCAAUUUCAGAUAUAAUUAAAGGCCCAGUUGAAAAGACAAAUUCGACUAAAAUUGGUGGUGAUGUGCUUUCGCAAAAUCCAUACGAAGUUCAACGCAAACCACCCAAGAAGAAAAAACGUGAAUCGGAAAUAGUUGAAGCAUGCUUUGAAAAUCCAGCAUUGAAUUUAGAGCUGCCUGAAAAACAAUUUAAUCCAUAUGAAGUUUUACGUGAUGUGCCAGCACAACUAACUAAUGUUGCUGAAGGUAAUUGUUUUGUAAAUGCAGCCUUAAAUCUACGAACACAGGAUGUAACUGCAACAAGAAACCCAUUUGAGAUCCAACGUUGCCAAAGCGUUGCGACAACUACUUCUUCUGACGGCGUUGAAAACACUGGUAUGGAAGUUGGCCAAGUAGUUCCAACUGAUUUAAAAAUAUCAUUGCCUUUUAAGCCUACUGUUGGUUGUCGCAUAGAUUUCACCAAUAUACCUAUAGAAGAGCUAACGCCUAGCAAGCUGCUGGCGGAUAAAUUAGUAUUUUCACCAGUCUUAAUGUUGCCGAAACGUUCAUUGGAUUCCGCAAGUGAGGAUAGUAGUAUGGAUAUAGGUAAAGAGUUAGAUCGUUAUCAGCUGGAGCUGGAGAAUAGUAUCAAUGAGGCGAAAAUGCGCAAGGCUAUAGGUCCUUGUACGAAAUCGACUUUAAAUGUGAACAUCGAGCAAAAAAUUACAUUCAACCAAAGAUUGGCCGAAAUAGCCGAAGAAGAUGAAGAAAAUGAUUUCAAUAAAGAAGAUGUGGAAAAAACUAAUACUUUGCAUGAGUGUACAAUUCAAUCUCAUAUUGAAUUGACUGGUAAAAUACAAACUGAACAAGUUGAAAGAGAAUCAUGUACGGUUGAAGAAUUAAAGAACGAAGAUGUUGCAUAUGCCUCUGACUCGGAUGAGGACGAAAUUGACUUCAAGGCGCCGGCACUAUUUGUGCGUGCAUACCAACGCGCUGCAACAACACAAAGCAAAGAGUCUUUGCACUCCAAUGGUUCAAACGACUCAACCGAUCACAAGAAACCUCUGAAUGUACGUAAUUUAAUACGUAAAUCUUUACGGAAACUGAUGCAUCCAUCCAAGCACGAUGAUUUAUUUAAGACUAAUUCUGAUGAGAACGAAAUAUUGAACAUUGAAAUGGGUGGAAAGGACAAGCAACAUGCCAGCGCAUAUAAAAUUAUACGAAAUGGUUUAAGACGCAAAACAACCAUCAAACCUUUAAAUACUGCUCGGGAAACGCCGACUGCAAAAGCGGAAAUUUCCAUAAUGGAUACCAGUGAACGCAGAAUGAAACUUACUGCAAUGAUUUCAACGAAUACAGAAGCUCUGCUUCAAGUACUACCUACAUUUUUCAACGCUUUCGCUUUAUAUAUUGAAUAAAUCAUCAAUAACACUACAAGUUCUAAGUAUGGAUGGCUACAAUAGCUUUUUCUGCAAUAAUUGAAAUAGUUCCAAACGAAUUUAAAUGAAAGCAUGAUGAUAACAAAGUAAACUUAUCGAUAUUUUUAUCGACUAACAUUUCUCUAUCCUAUGUGCAUAUUUGCCGCCCUUUUAAUCCAUGUUUAUUGAAGUUGAAGCAAAAUUACUUGGAAAUGGUAUGAAUGCUGUAACUCAAGGUAUUAUUAUUUAUAUUAUCAAAAAUAACAUAGAUAAUAAUAAAUUAAUUUCUGUUAGGGCAAUGCCAGUGUUUAUGAUGCCUAUGUGCAUAUUUGCUGGCUUUUUUACGUAUGUUCAGUGAUAACUAAGAAAAAUGAACUGGAAAAUUAGGAUAACUGGAAAUCAAGGUAUUAUUAUUUAUUAUAUAAAAGGAAUAAACAAUUACUUUUUAGUUAGUGUAAUGUCUGUUGAUUUUGAAAAGUAGUAAGUUGUAUGCUGUCAUUUGCGUUGCGUGAAUUUGUUACUAAAAACCAAAAAAAAAAAAUAAUAAUUAGGAGUUUAUUGUUUAAGCAUAAUAAGCUUUUUUUUACUGGAAUGUGUGUGCUAAUACUAUUUAAAAAUUGUAAUUUUACCUGUAUUUUUCUGUUGUGACUAAGUUACUGUCUGUUUUUUUAGCCAACCUGUGUGCAUUUGUUCUGUAUAUUUGUGUUUUUAAAUGUGCUUUCGUCCUACACUUAAUUUAUUUGCAUCUGCACAGCAGAGAAUUUUUUUAAAUUCAAUAAUUUACUGGGUAAUUUCGAAAAAUUUUUUGGCUCUAAAUUUGCGCUUACUUAUGGCUAUAUGUUUCAUGUUACUUUGUAUAUUUUAAUUUUGUUUUCGUUUAAUGUUUU